AUGUCCACCGGCAUUGGUUCCUUUGUCGCUGGCGGCAUUGCAGCAUGCGGCGCUGUCACAGUAACUCACAGCUUCGAGACGGUCAAGGUGCGCUUGCAGCUCCAGGGUGAGCUGCAAGCCAAAAAGGAUGCCCCCAAGAUGUACCGAGGUGUCCUCCACGGCAUGUCAGUCAUCUUCAAGAACGAGGGAAUCAGAGGCCUGUUACGUGGCUUGAACUGCGCCUACGUCUAUCAAAUGAUGCUCAAUGGCUGCCGUCUCGGAUUCUACGACCCCAUCCGCACCCACACAAACUCGCUGCUCCUGAAUCGCGACUUCUCACAUGCCCACGACCCGGAAGCCGUCGCUAUGCAAAAUCUCCCUGUCAACAUCUUCUCCGGCGCCUCAUCUGGUAUCAUUGGCGCAGCUCUCGGCUCUCCGCUUUUCCUCGUCAAGACUCGCCUCCAGAGCUACAGUCCUGCAUUACCAGUGGGUGCACAACAUCAGUACAAGAGCGCUGCGGAUGGCUUCUCCCAGAUCUACCGCGCCGAGGGAAUCAAGGGCCUGUAUCGUGGUGUUGUACCCGCCAUGGUCAGAACCGGUUUCGGAUCUAGUGUCCAACUUCCAACAUACUUCUUCGCUAAGCGCAACCUUGUAAAACACUUCGGUCUGCAAGAGAGUCCUGCUCUGCAUCUCAUGUCUUCUGCUUGCUCCGGCUUCGUCGUAUGCUGCGUCAUGCACCCUCCGGACACCGUCAUGGGUCGCAUGUACAAUCAGACUGGCAACCUAUACUCUAGCGCGUUUGAUUGCUUGUUCCGCACCAUCAAGACCGAAGGUCCGCUUGCAGUCUACAAGGGCUUCUUUGCCCAUUUGGCCAGAAUCUUGCCGCACACCAUUUUGACCUUGAGUUUGGCAGAACAAACCAACAAGUUGAUGCGCAGAUUCGAAGAUCGCGUCCUUCCCAGCAGGCAGAAAGCAUAA